AUGCAUAAUUGUUUUUUUGUUGUCCUCCUAUCAUUAACACUAACAACUUCUUUCAUUGAAGCGAGUAGUAGUAGAAGCCAUUGGUGGGAUUUUAGGUUUAAAAAAACAACAGUGGUAGUGAGAAAUGAGUUAGAAGGAGAGCGAGAACUGAGACUACAUUGCAAGUCUGAAGAAUACGAUCUAGGACUCCAAGUUCUAAGACCACACCAUAGUUUCAGUUGGAAAUUUCGUCAAAACUUCUUUCGAACCACACAAUUCUAUUGCUCCAUGGAGUGGGGAGAGGAAAAGGUGCAUCGGUUUGACAUCUACAUCUAUAGGAGGGAUUAUUCACGUUGUGAGAAUUGCUUAUGGAUCGUCAAGCAGAACGGACCAUGUUUUUAUGACGAGGCAUCUGGUGCUUAUGAUUUCUGUUAUCCAUGGUCCCUGAAAGCAUAA